GGUAUUGGAUGAUAGCAUGUCGCAGUCUAGCUGUGUCUCCGUUGAUGUUGGUGCAAAGAGGGAUGUUGACACCCGUUGAAAUGGACCGUGAUGACCAGAACAACGUAUCAAAAAAUGUCCCAAGACACUCAUCUGGAUCUUCUCCAACGUACACUUCAACAGGGGAAACAAGCAUACAAAAGAAGAAAACGAACUUCAUUCAAUGCCUUGGAAAACUGCACUCCGAAGACCUGAACGUUUCAUCUGUGUGCACCGACAGGCACCUCCGAGAUUCGAAAACAUAUCAAGGAAAGAAAGGCAGGCCCAAAGCAUGAGAUGAACAGCUGGCGUGUUGUGAAAGGAGAAUUCUCGGGAAACGGCCAAAAAGCAGGAGCUCCAGCCCGUCCCCCCCCACCUAAACACAAGACCCUCCACGGGGCACCUUCGGGAAAUGGAGGAACUAACCAUUCACUAGAUGCACGACCGGCACCUCCACCUCGCCCACCGCCACCUGUUCCACCACGACGUCGACCCAGCGGCAGUGUCAAGUCAUCUUCGAAAAAUGGAGGAGCGUACCAUUCAAUAAAUGCACGACCGGCAGCUCCACCUCGCCCACCGCCACCUGUCCGACCACGACGUCGACCCAGCAGCAGUGUCAGAGGACCUUCCGGCAAGAUACCUCCACCCCGUCCACCACUACCUAAGCUUGGAGCCCCUAAGAAAGGAUCUUCCGGCAAAUUACGUCCACCCGUUCCACCACGACCUAAGAUUGGAGCCCGUUGAGUAUGUACCCUCCUGUUCACCUUCCGUGCAAGCAGCACAACGCGAAAGCCACUGCGCC